AUGGACAUGUUUUCUUUUGGACUCGUUUUAUAUUUUCUUGAAACAGGUCAUCACUAUUGGGAUGGAGAGAAUGAAAUAAUGAAAGAAGAAUUGAUAUCAACGAAACACUUGAUAAUUGAUGUUCAAGAUCCUACUGCCUGUUUUAUUAUAAAAGAACUACUUAGUAAAACUAUUUUAAGUAGAAUGUCACUGCAGAAAUUUGUGCAAUCAACAUAUUAUACCGGAGAAACAGAAACAGAAAACAAAAACAUACAUAGAAUACAUAAUACAAAUCAAACGCAUAAUGUUAUCUUUGAUAAAGCAGUCUUGGAAGAACCAAUGAAUCUUGAUUCUAAUUAUAUAAGUGGAAUGAGCGAAGAAGAAUAUCGAUUAUAUAGAGCAUUUAAACCUUUUUUUGAAAGUUAUCACAACGAAAUGAAAAAAAACUUAGAAGAGAUGGGUAGUAAAAUUGAUAAUUGUACGGAUGCCGUAAAGGACUUAACUAAGAAAAUUCCACAAUGGUUGGUCAAAGUUAAAAAUGAAAAAGUUCCAAGAGUGUUUGUUAUAUUCCCUGAUGAAAAAGAUUGGAAAAAACCAACAACAUGGAUGUUGGCAAAACCAUUUCGUCUUUUAUUUGUUUGCGAACACAAAGAUCAAUGGCACCUUCCAAAACAAAAAGGCUAUAAAGUUCUUAAAAUUCCUCAAUUUAUUAAAAAAUAUGGACCUUGGAUAAAUCUCUGCUUAAAAGUACUAUCUAGCGCUGUGGGAAUUAUGGCAUCAAAUUUAUUUGCCGACGGUGUUGCUGAUUUUCUAUCGACGAUAUUUAAUCUAGCUGAUAAUUCUGACAUUAUACAACAUAUUCAAGAAAUUAUUGAUACAGUUGAUAGUGGUGUAAAAACUAUAUGCGAUGAACUACCUAACUUUAAUCCUUUGAAUAAUGAGAGUAACACUCCCUAUAAAAUAAUAAAUGAAUCAGGACUUCGCGAACUCAAAAAUUUUCUCGAUACACAGGAAAAUGCGGGUCAUUUUGGUGGAUUAGUACAAUGUGUUGAAGAAGAAACUGGAGAAAUAUUAUGGUUAUGUGAAGAACAUAGAGAUGGAUAUAGUGUUAAACGAACUGACCCAGUUGUUUCGGAUUCUCCUCCAACAUCACCUCGAGAAUGUCCACCACGUGUUUUAUCAAGACCUCAUCCUACGAGAUUAAAGAAUAUAAACAAACAACUACCAAAACUUCCAUUACCUACUUCUCCUGUUUUUCCUGUUUCUCCGGUUUCUCCGGCUUCUUCUACUGAUACUUUAUUCGUGGAAGCAGAUGGUGAUGGUAAAAAAUUAUACUUAGAUCCAACACAACAAUUAGAAAAUAUAUGCCAAAUACUUUUCGAAGUAAUAGAUAACGCAGAUGCAUCUAGAAGACGACAUUUUAGAACCGAUGAUAUUAGGGAAAUUGCACAGAAAAUGCGUGGACAUGUAAAUAGUUUUAGACUUUUAAGUCCAAUUUGGUAUGAUGAAAUUCAAAAGGUUAAAUUUAUAAGUAUCUUAGAAAAUCAACAAUACAUGUAUAUUCAUUUUCUAAGAUCGAUUGUACGUUAUUGUAUUGUAAAACAUGAUUCUACAGUCGGUUCAAAAACAAUGCAAGCGUCAUUUUUGUAUAAUGACUUAUUCGAAAUUAGAAGCAUAAUUAAAGCCGGAAAAUCAUUCAAUGAACAUUUGUCAAAAUUGAUAGAAACUUUGAAAUUAUCGCGAUCUGACAUUCACAAGAAUUCCGCAAUACAAAUUGCAUUAGAUAGUUUCGCUAAUGAGCCUCAACUUAAAGUAAAUGUGUAUGAUAAUUUAAAUAUAAUUAGUGAUAAAGUUUUAUCUAAAUGGUAUCAUAUAGCAAAUCAAACAUUUAUAGAAACUCCGACAGAAACUGAAAACCAAGGAGAACUUUUCAACACAACACCACGAUUUUUAGAUGAUAAGAUUGUCGCGGGGAAAUCGUUAAAAAACUUAAAUAAUAAUGAAACUUUUUCGUGUAUCGAGAAAGAAAUUUAUCUUUACCAUGAACAUAAUUUGAAUAAUAAUGAUUUUAUAAUCAAAUUUCAUGGUUAUUCAGUUUCUAAUUGUAAACCAGUGUUGUUUUAUGAUUAUGCGGAACAUGGUGAUCUCUACACAUAUAUUCAAGUAAAUCAUGAUUCAUCAAGAAAUCUCCUGAAAGAUUGGGGGAAAAAAAUUAAAUUAGCAUGGGAAAUAACUCAGGGCGUAAAAUUUUUGCAUAAUCAAAAAAUUUUACAUUUGGACCUUCGAAGUGCAAAUAUUUUACUGAAAGAAGAUGAAAUGGGGGAGUUGAUACCAACAAUAUCUAAUUUCCUGUGGAGUAGAGACACAUGUGAUAACAAAACUUUCGUGUAUCCAAAAAUAGCAUCUAAAGAAAAAAUUUGGAAAAGAUGGCAUGAUCCGGAUAGAUUGCUUAAUGAAGAAAAUAUUACAUCAUCAUCCGAUAUAUAUAGUUUAGGAUUAUUAUUUUGGGAAAUCGCUUGUUGUGAGAAAGAAAAUUUACCAUUUAAAGGAAUUCAAAUUAAAUAUCUUUAUAGUUAUUUACAUAAAAAUAAUCAAGAAAAAAUGCCAGAGUUACCAAAAGAAUAUCAACGUUGGGAAAAUAUAGUAAAAAAAAUGUGUCACUUAAAAGCAGAAGAACGGUGUAAUAUUGGAAGUGUAGAGAUAAUCAUGGGAAAAUUAUAUAAAAGAAGAUCAGAAUCACAGUCUUCUGUCUCAACUCUUCAAUCUUUUAAAUCAGAACAGUUGCCUCAAUUUUCUAUCUCUCAAUUUAAAGAUACUGAGACCUAAAUAUUAUUAGAUACAUUUAUUUAAUUUAUUUUGUUUUUUAACCAUUAUUUAUUUUUUUUUAAAAAAAAAAUCGUGUAAUAUAUAUUUAUUAAAUAUACAAUAC